AUGCAACGGGUGCACGACCAUCUGCUUUUAGAAGAGGAGUAUGUGGAGAACAUGGAGCGUCUGCGCAAGGGCAAGGCGCAGGCCGCACAGGGUCCCGCAACCCAGGGUGACUUGGAUAUCAUGGACCGAAAUGCCGAUGAGAGAAGCCGGGUCGAUGACAUGAGAGGCAGCCCGAUGGGAGUUGGAAACUUGGAAGAGUUGAUCGAUGACGACCACGCGAUUGUCUCGAGUGCAACUGGCCCAGAGUACUACGUUUCCAUCAUGUCUUUCGUUGACAAGGAUCUACUUGAGCCUGGUGCUAGCAUCCUGCUGCAUCACAAGUCGGUUUCUGUUGUUGGUGUAUUGACUGAAGAAGCCGACCCUCUCGUAUCAGUAAUGAAGCUCGAUAAGGCCCCCACCGAUUCUUACGCCGAUAUUGGUGGUCUCGAGUCGCAGAUUCAAGAAGUUCGAGAGUCGGUGGAGCUGCCAUUACUCCACCCGGAGCUGUACGAGGAGAUGGGUAUCAAGCCACCCAAGGGUGUCAUUCUCUACGGUGCUCCUGGUACCGGAAAGACUCUUCUUGCCAAGGCUGUUGCCAACCAGACCAGCGCUACAUUCCUCCGCAUUGUUGGCAGUGAAUUGAUCCAGAAGUACCUUGGAGAUGGUCCUCGACUUGUUCGCCAGAUUUUCUCGGUUGCUGCCGAGCACGCUCCUUCGAUUGUUUUCAUUGACGAAAUUGAUGCUAUCGGAACUAAGCGAUACGAGUCCCAAUCUGGUGGUGAGCGAGAAAUUCAGCGUACCAUGCUUGAGCUUCUCAACCAGCUCGAUGGAUUCGAUGACCGUGGAGAUGUGAAGGUCGUCAUGGCUACGAACAAGAUUGAGACUCUGGAUCCUGCCCUGAUCCGUCCUGGUCGUAUUGACCGAAAGAUUCUCUUCGAGAACCCAGACCGUAAUGACGAUGUUGACCUGGAUGAGUUUAUCAACCAGAAGGAUGAUCUCUCCGGUGCCGAUAUCAGAGCCAUUUGUACCGAAGCCGGUCUGAUGGCGCUGAGAGAGCGUCGGAUGAGGGUGCAAAUGGAUGAUUUCCGGUCUGCCCGAGAGCGUAUCAUGAAGACAAAGCAGGACGGAGGCCCUGUAGAGGGAUUGUACUUUGACAUCAUGUCAGUUAUAUGCAAACAAUGCAAACAUCACAAACACCGCAAACUUGAACUUCAUUAUCUCCCCAAGACUUUCGUAUCAGCUCGCGAUAGCAACUUCACAUCGCACUAUUUGAUCACAAUGGAUGGUUUCGACGAGGAAGCUUUCAAGAAGUUCUUCCCCACCAGCUUCGGCAAGCAAGAGAAGUCUGCCGAUGUGAGCGCCCAGAUUAACCGCACCAAGCGGUCCGAAGUCUCUGUCAAGCCGUCUGAUGAUGAGGACGACGAUGAGGACGAAUUCCCUGUUUCACAUGAGCUGGUUCUCAAAACCCAUGAACGCGCCGUGACAACCAUGACCGUGGACCCAGCAGGGUCGCGCUUGAUUACAGGAUCGACUGAUUGCUCCUUGAAGCUACAUGACUUUGCGUCCAUGACUCCGUCGACGGUGCGCGCAUUUAAAUCCGUGGAUCCUUCGUUCAAGAAACAAUCCGCCGCGCAGGAAACGCACGCUGUACAUUACGCCGCAUUCAAUCCCCUAUCUCCAAGCCAUGUUCUGGUCGUCCCCGCUACGCCACAGCCCCGGGUUAUAAGUCGCGAUGGUGAGACGCUUGUCGAAUUCGUGAAAGGCGAUAUGUAUCUGAGAGACUUGCACAACACAAAGGGCCAUGUCUCGGAGGUAACCUCGGCCGCCUGGCACCCAACCGACUACAACUUGUGUGUUACUGCUGGAACGGAUAGUACAGUGCGCAUAUGGGAUGCAAAUGUUGGAAGGUCACAGAAGGAGGUUAUAGUCCACAAGUCGAGGGUUGCUGGGUCCGCUGGCCGGAGCAAGAUGACCGCUGUGGCGUGGGGUUCUCCCAAGCAGGGCGGAUCUAACAUCCUCGUCGCCGCUGCUCUCGAUGGAAGCUUGUUGAUGUGGGGUGGAGAUGGGCCACAUACUCGACCCAGCGGUGAGAUCCGGGACGCGCAUACUCGAGAUACCUGGACAAGCGGUUUAGAUGUGAGCUCCGAUGGAAGGCUUGUAAUUUCCAAGGGUGGGGAUGAUACCAUCAAGCUCUGGGAUACGAGGAAGUUCAAACAACCGAUUACAACCGUCUCCCACCCCUCAAUCUCAGACCGUUACCCUACGUCAAAUAUCAUCUUCUCGCCAACAUCGGCGAAUGUCAUCACGGGCUCGGAAACCGGCCAUCUGCACAUCUUGAACCCAGCUACCUUAAGACCAGAGCUAGUCACCCCCGUCACGCCUGGCUCGCCACUCAUCACUGUGCUAUGGCACGAGAAGCUCAACCAGAUUCUCACUGGCUCUGCCAAUGCCGAAACACACGUUCUCUACAACCCAACCAUGUCCACCAAGGGUGCUGCUAUGGUCAUGUCAAAGGCCCCCAAGCGCCGUCACGUCGACGAUGACCCGAACCUCACCAUGGAUCUUUCCCAAGGUAUCUCUGGAGAAAACGUUGUGGUUGGUUCCAACGGCGUCCCUCAUUACAGCUCGUCUACUUGGUCCGCCAGGCACCCGACCAUUGGUCUUACAGCUUCGGGUCGUCCAAGAGAUCCCCGAAGACCUCACCUCCCACUAACAACACCGUUCGCCAAGUCACAACCUGAUGAGAAGCAUAUUCGGGAGAAUAUCCCACUCAGUUCAAUGCGUGAUGAAGAUCCGCGUGAGGCAUUGCUGAAAUAUGCCGAGAAGGCUGAAAAGGACCCGAUUUUCACCAAUGCAUGGAAAGAAACACAACCAAAAACUAUUUAUAGAGAGUUGAGUGACGAUGAGGAGGAACCUGAGAAGAAAAAGGCUAGGCGGUAG